AUGCGUGCUUUCACUUGUCUAAGUCUGCUUUUCGCAGCGUCGCUUUCUGAUGCUCUGUCAAACCCCCACGAAAAGGCAGCAAAGUAUGCGAAGAGAUCUAAUAAGCCAGCUUUGACCCGAGAUGCACCUCGUACGCGGUCAACGUCGAUGUUUCUGACGAACAGCACUGCUAAAUUCGCUGUAAAUGGAUCUGCCCUUCCCGAGGUAGACUUCAACAUUGGAGAAUCAUAUGCCGGAACUCUCUCAAUUUCUUCGAAUCCGACGGAUAUCAAUGCAUUAUGGUUUUGGUUCUUCCCGUCAACGAACCCGGCAGCAUCGAAAGAGAUUACGAUAUGGCUCAAUGGAGGUCCAGGAUGCAGUUCUCUUGAUGGUCUUUUCCAGGAAAAUGGUCCUUUUCUGUGGCAAUCGGGCACUUAUGCUCCAUUCGCGAACCCGUAUAGCUGGACGAAUCUGACAAAUGUUGUUUAUAUCGAUCAGCCAGUCGGCACUGGCCUCUCCUCCACUGGGAAUAUCACUGUCAAUAACGAGCACGACGUGGCGGAACAAUUCAAAGGGUUCUGGAAGAACUUCAUAACGACGUUCUCGAUGCAAGGCUACAAAGUCUAUAUCACGGGAGAGUCGUACGCAGGACAAUAUAUUCCUUACAUUGCAAGCGGUAUGCUCGAUGAGAAUGACACCACUUAUUUCAAUGUAAAAGGUGUUCAGAUCAACGAUCCAUCAAUCAACCACGACGCCGUUAUGCUUCAAGCUCCUGUUGUACCUGCUCUUCAAUACUUUCAGAGUGUCAUUCGCUUGAACGAUACUUAUAUGGCCAACAUCACUGCUCGAGCAGACUCUUGUGGCUACACAGACUUCUUCAAUAAAUGGACGACUUCUUUCCCACCUCCAGGACCCAUCCCAGCCGCCCCCAACUCUUCACUACCUGGUUGCGAUCUGUAUGAUGACAUCUACAACGCCAUUUACUACGUUAAUCCAUGCUUCAACAUCUACCAUUUGACCGAUUACUGCCCAUACCUCUGGGACGAACUCGGAUUCCCAUCACUGGGAGCUGGACCAAACAACUACUUCAACCGCUCCGACGUCCAAGCCGUAAUCCACGCACCGCCCACAAAUUACUUCAUCUGCGAGAGCCCGCCCAAUCUCUUCCCUAACGGCGACCAGAGCGUCCCCUCAGCCUUAGGUCCCCUCCCCUCCGUCAUCGAACGCACAAACAACACCAUGAUCGGCCACGGCCUCCUCGAUUUCCUGCUCUUCGCAAACGGGUCCCUAAUCACCAUCCAGAACAUGACAUGGAACGGCGCCCAAGGAUUCCAAACCGCUCCUUCCGCCACCGACAACUUCUUCGUCCCGUACCAUCAAUCUCUCGGCUACAUCCUGAACGUAGCAAACAGCGCCUUGUCUGGGUUAGCGCCCGUUACCGACACAGCUGGCGCAGGAUUCCAGGGAAUGUGGCACACGGAGAGAGGAUUGACGUUUGUUACUGUCAAUUUGGCGGGCCAUGAGAUUCCGGAGUAUACGCCUGGGGCGGCGUAUAGACAGUUGGAGUUCUUGCUAGGGCGGAUUGAUAAUUUGGGUGUGCUGGGCGAUUAUACGACACAGACGGGGAAUUUUACGGGUGUGAGUGCGCCGCUGAGGAGGGGGUUGUGA